CGGCCCGGCCCGGGCGGCGGCGGCGGCUCCAGCUCGAGGCCUCGGCGGCGCCCGCGCCGCGCCGCAGCCAUGGCCCUGGUGACCCUGCAGCGCUCCCCCACGCCCAGCGCCGCCUCCUCCUCGGCCAGCAACAGCGAGCUGGAGACUGGCAGCGACGAAGAUCGAAAGUUAAACCUCAGCUUAAGUGAGAGCUUUUUCAUGGUGAAAGGAGCAGCCCUCUUCUUGCAACAGGGAAGCAGCGCUCAAGGCCAGCGGUGUCUUCAGCACCCCCACAAACAUGCAGGUGACGGCUCUAAGUUAAUGCUUUUAUUUUAUUUUAUUUUUUUUUAUUAUUUUUUUUUUGUUGCUUAUUUUUAUGGAGACGUUGAUGCUUUUAAAUCGGAACCUUCCAUUGUUGGUGGUGAGCAGCGUGCUGGGUUUUAAGGCCAGAGGAAUCACGGAACACAGGUUUGUAAUGACCUGGUGCAGGUGGAGGCUCAGGUGUUCUUUCCCCGAGCAGGCCAUGCACCUUUCCCAGGUGGCACUGGCAGCUGGGGCGCCUUUGAAACCAGGCGUGUCUAUGUGACCUGUCAGGUGGCCAGCAGUGUCCUACGGGAUGGAAAGAUCCCCUGUACACUGUGUAUCAGACAGCUGCCCGUGACAGCCCGCCUUGUUAACAAAUGCACCGAAAUGAAUCCCAGCCAGAUGUUGUCCCUUUGAAAAUAACCACCCGAGGCUCUACCUACCUAGACCGGGGAUGCCCGUCAUUUCUCCGAGCAUUUGGAAAACACUCACUUGGGGAAUUUCUUUAAGAGCCUUUGGCUCGCACUCUGAAGUCCUCCCUGUGGUAGGAAGUC